AUGUUAUCACACGCCGACCUCCUGGACGCCCGGCUCGGAAUGAAGGACGCCGCCGAGCUGCUGGGCCACCGGGAGGCGGUGAAGUGCCGCUUGGGCGUCGCAGGCUCGGAGCCCGGAGGCCACCCGGGGGACCUGGCGCCCAACUCGGACGCGGUGGAAGGGGCCACGCUGCUCUCCGGAGAGGACAUCACCACGGUGGGUUCGACGCCGAGCGCGCUGGCCGUCGGCACCAAAGACCCCGACAAGCAGCCCGGGCCGCCGGGUGGGCAGAACCCCAGCCAGGCCGGACCGCAGCAGGGCCAGCAAAAGCAGAAACGGCACCGGACGCGCUUUACGCCGGCGCAGCUCAACGAGCUGGAGCGCAGCUUCGCCAAGACUCACUACCCGGACAUCUUCAUGCGCGAGGAGCUGGCUCUGCGCAUCGGCCUCACCGAGUCGCGAGUCCAGGUCUGGUUCCAGAACCGACGGGCCAAGUGGAAGAAACGCAAGAAGACCACCAACGUGUUCCGCGCCCCCGGCACGCUGCUGCCCACGCCAGGGCUGCCCCAGUUUCCUUCCGCCGCCGCCGCCGCAGCGGCCGCCAUGGGCGACAGCUUGUGUUCCUUCCACGCCAACGACACGCGCUGGGCCGCGGCCGCCAUGCCGGGGGUGUCGCAGCUGCCCUUGCCGCCGGCCCUGGGCAGGCAGCAGGCCAUGGCGCAGUCCCUGUCGCAGUGCAGCCUGGCGGCGGGCCCCCCACCCAAUUCCAUGGGCUUGUCCAACAGCCUGACGGGCUCCAACGGCGCCGGCCUACAGUCGCACCUCUACCAGCCCGCUUUCCCCGGCAUGGUGCCCGCUUCCCUGCCAGGCCCCAGCAACGUGACGGGCUCGCCGCAGCUCUGCAGCUCCCCGGACAGCAGCGACGUGUGGCGGGGCACGAGCAUCGCCUCCCUCCGCCGGAAAGCGCUGGAGCACACAGUCUCCAUGAGUUUCACCUAA